GAAAGCGAAGGUACAAAGGGAGACAAAAAGAGGAGCAGAGAAAUGAAAUCGUCAGCGUCACUCUCAUCACUCCUCAGCAGCUCCAAAGCCUCGUUCUGUCGCUCCGCUUUCCUUCCAAAGCCUCUCUCCCGCCCUAGCUUUCUCAUCGGCUCCAGGAUCGGCAGCCCGAAUCGCGCCGGAAAUCGCCAACUCAGGCUCCGAACAGGGACCUCCGGUUUCUCCACCACCGCGAUGGCCUCUUCCUUCAAGCCCGAGCAAGCUAGGGCUCCGCCUGCGCUCCCUCUUCCCACCCCUCCUCUCACCAAGUUCAAGAUUGGGCUGUGCCAACUUUCGGUGACGGCGGAUAAGGAGAGGAACAUUGCCCACGUUCGCAAGGCGAUUCACGAGGCCGUGGACAAGGGCGCUCAGCUUGUUCUCUUGCCCGAAAUAUGGAACAGUCCUUAUUCAAAUGAUAGCUUCCCUGUUUAUGCUGAGGACAUUGAUGGAGGUUCAUCUCCUUCAACUGCUAUGUUAUCUGAGGCUGCUAAGGCCCUGAAGGUUACCAUAGUCGGUGGUUCGAUCCCAGAAAGAUGUGGUGAUCGAUUGUAUAACACUUGUUGUGUUUUUGGGUCCGAUGGAGUGCUGAAAGCCAAGCACCGCAAGAUACAUCUUUUUGAUAUUAAUAUACCUGGGAAGAUCUCGUUUAUGGAGUCAAAGACUCUCACGGCAGGAGAAACUCCAACAAUAGUGGACACAGAUGUUGGACGUAUUGGUAUAGGCAUCUGUUAUGAUAUUCGGUUUCAGGAAUUGGCAACGCUUUAUGCUGCAAGAGGAGCUCAUUUGCUUUGCUAUCCUGGGGCCUUUAAUAUGACUACUGGACCAUUGCAUUGGGAGCUACUCCAGAGGGCUAGGGCGGUGGAUAAUCAGUUGUAUGUUGCAACUUGUUCACCUGCUCGGGAUGCUGGAGCUGGUUAUGUGGCUUGGGGGCACUCCACUUUGAUUGGACCGUUUGGAGAAGUUUUAGCGACAACAGAGCAUGAGGAGGCCAUUAUCACUGCGGAUAUCGAUUACUCUGAGAUGGAGAUGAGAAGGACUAAUCUCCCGUUGGAGAAGCAACGGCGAGGGGAUCUUUACCAGUUGGUCGAUGUCCAGAGAUUGAGCUCCUAACAAGUUUCUCCAAUACAAAUGAUCGGAAAAUGGUAGUCCGGUAUUGUAAUUGUAAUUGAAACACUGUACCAAACAGCAAUACCCGAGGGGAAUUCUUGCUUUGGAGAUGUCCGAAUUCGGUCAUUUUGCUAGCAGAAGGUACCCUGCAAUGUCGAGCGCAUUUGCUGUAUUAAACCGAUAUUUUUCUUUUCUGAUGCAUUACAAAUUCGAUGGAUGGAGUUAGCUAAGCCCCUGUGCCAUCUUAUAUAUAUUUCAUGGCUAAGUACAAUGUCCUAAUGUUC